AUGGAUAAAGCUUCAAAAACUAGAAGCAGGUUUUAUAUUACCUUACCUUCUCUUUUGAGAUCAACUACAACUCGUCAAAUCUCUGCAUCUGUCGUCUUCCCUCUUACAGCAGUCCGCAAAAAGUCAUCUGAUUCUUUAUCACCUAGCCCAAAAAAUGGUUUAAGCUACGAUUCUGAAGACGAAGAACGUGCAGCUGUCGAAAAGCUUGAUUUUCAAGAAAAAGAAGGACAGCUAGAGUUUAUUCGUUCUUUAAAAGAAGCUCAAUCUACUCUUCAAAAGCGUGUAGCUGGCCAAGAUCUUGUGGAAGGGCACAUUUUAGAAAGAAAAUAUCGAAACCGACUGCCAACUCUUGUGAAGAAAAUCACAAGCGUUGAAUUGCAAAAACAUACAACCAAGCAGCGAAUGGCCCGUAAACAUGAAGACGAAGGUUUCAAGGACAAGUGCCGAUACCUAAAACUUUAUGAAGAUGAACUCGAAAAAGCUUAUGAAAAGCUUCUCAAUGAACUCAAAGAUGUACAUAAAAAGCGAGAAGAGCUUCGAAGAGAAUGCUUAGACAUAAAAAAGCAGUCAGUGAUUUUUGCAGGAGAAAUCGACAAAAUUAAGUCACAGAUCGCAAUCCAAGAGACUAAAGAAGUGAAGAAGAAAAAAAGAAGCCCAGAAGAGUUUUCUGAAUGAAUGUCUUAUAAAGCCAAGUUGAAAGAACUCUUGUCAAAACGACAAGAAGAAGCUGCAAAAGUUAAUUCUUCAAUAGGAGAAGAAAUUUCUAAAAGAGCUGAGCCUUUGCAACUGUUAGACUCUCAAAGCACGCAGUUGAGAAAGCAAAUGGGGAUGGUCAGAGAUGCACAGAUUUCUCAUUAUUUAAGCUUACUGAAAGAAGGAAAAGAUACAAGAAGUGAAGGGCUUGUAUGAAUAGUUAGGAGUUUGUGGAAGCUGAAUCAGCCGGUAAGCCCUGAAAUGUUUCCAAGUUUUUUGGAUACUGAUGCAAUUCAUUCAAUUUUAUUUUUGGCUCAAAAAAGUGUGGAAAUCGAGCAGUUGUCAGAAGAGCUUGCCAGGAUUUCAAAGCUAGGUUCAAUGAAUUUUUCAGGAAACGAUAAAUGAAAUAACAUUCAUGCAAGGCUUUUUCAAUUAACUAAAAAUAUUCAAACUCAAAAACCCAAAAACGUAUGGGAUAAGGUCACCAAGCAAAUGGUCGUUGUAUAUGAAGAUGACACUCAAGCAAAUGAAGAUGGACCGAGCAAGGUAGUCAGCAUUAGUGAAAAUAAAAUAAAUGACCAGCAUUUACAAUCACUCAGAGAAGUCGUCAAAAAAGCUAAAGAAUUAGAGCUUCAAAGGCUAGCUCAAGAGUGCUUAUUAAGCAGCUAUGAAACUAAAUAUAAUAUCACCCUGAAAGAAUUGCUAUCUGCAAUUGUAGGGGUAGAAUCAUUAGAUCGCUAUAUGGCAGCAAUUUCGAAAGAGCAAAAGCAGCUUAAAGAUAGGUUGGAAUCAACGAAAACAUUUUCUUUUGCAAGAAAUUAA